AUGGCGGCGUACUACACCUUCGAAGACCUUUCAGGCUCGGCAGCAACCACCACGAAGACAGGCAAUCCCUAUCAUGACCUAAUCGAAAGCUGCAAUAACGAUCCCACUCAGAUCCAGCAGCGAUACUCAGAUCACCGCACGAAUCGCAACUCCCAACAAAAAUCGAAACUCCUGGCCAGGGACUUUCCAGGCGUUACGGUGGACUCCAUCCUCGCCAAACUCGAGAACCCAGAACAGUUUCCAGGAUAUGAGGACCCACGACACUGCCUCGUCUUCUGGGCUCGUCCUAGUGCCGCCGUGCGAGAUCUCAUCGGCAAAAUCCAGACGAGACUCACGGAAGUUCUGCCGAACCUAUGGACCAUGCCGUCGAGAUCUCUACACAUGACUGCACUGGAGAUCACACAUAGUCUUACGGCUCCAGAGAUAGAUGCUCUUGUAUAUCAGAUGAAGCCCCACGCCCAAGAGAUAUGCGACUAUACUCUCGACCAUCGCGCACGACUCGUCAAGCCAAUGGUCAGCUUCGACGCCCAAGCACUUGCAUUAUCCUGGCUUCCUGCUGAAGGCGAGGCUUACACAUACCAUCACCUUCGUAGCCAUCUGUACACUUUGGCGAGCAAGACAGGUGUGAAGGUGGCGAGCCGAUAUGUCAUCCCGAGUGCACAUUUGACGAUUGCACGCUUUAUUGAGACGGGGGAUCUCGAGGAUGGAUCUGGGAAGGUAGAUCCCUCUAUGGUGAAGAGACUCGUGAGCAAGAUUGAGGAGAUCAAUAAGUGGUUGGAACGGGAGUACUGGGCGAAGGAGGAGAAGAUAGAGUGGAAUGUUGGCGAGGAUGUGGGAUUGGAGUUCAGGAAGGGACCGCUUUGGUAUGGUGCUGGCGGUGAGACGGUGAAACUUGGGAGAGGGUAUUGA